AUGCAAAGCCCUGGUAUAACUCUUCAGUCUUCCUCUGACUCGGAAAGAGCGCGGGAGGGUGAGACUUCACUAGAAGGGCACGCUGAGGAGUCGUCCAGCGCUCUUAGCCUAUACGAUAUUCGAACAAGGACUCCUGUUUCUGUGCUACCUGCAUUAAAUUAUGCAAGCAACUUUGUUCACAUCCCGUGCGAUACAUCAACACGACUUCUCGAGCAGUUCCGUAACGAAAAUCUUAACUAUCUUCCCUGCAUCCACAUACCGCCUCACGUCACCCCUCAAGAACUUAUGCAAGAGAAGCCGUUCUUCUGGUAUUGCCUGACCGCAGUCCUGACACCAAACCUGAUCGAAAGAGAAUCCCUCUUCACCAAAGUGCACGAUACCAUCUACCAAAAGCUGGUUGUGGAAACGACCCCGAGCAUGGACCUUCUUCUCGGCCUUAUGACAUUCAUGUCAUGGAAAGUAUACUGUGCGAAGCCAUUUCUCAACUUCUACAGCCACCUAUUGACCGGGCUUGUCAGCGAGCUGGGUAUAAACAAAGCUCCCCGAAAGGACCAAUCCGUUCUGCAAGGAUUCAAUCGAGCCGCCGGUCUGAAGACUGAGCCCGCUAUGAAGAGAACUUUGGAGGAGCGACGGGCCGUGCUGGGGUGUUUUGUGAUCACUUCAAGCAUCGCGUCGUCGUUAUUUAAAAGUGACGCCUUGCGUUGGACUCCCCACAUGGAAGAAAACCUCGAGAUCCUGGCUAGCACGAAAGAAUGCUUUGGAGAUGAGCUGUUGGUGUGGCUCGUCAGGAUUCAACGUCUUGCAAUCUCAACUCGAAUUGGUCAAGCGCCAGAUACCCGCAUAUCUGAAGAAUAA